GUUAGUUUCUCUGUGUCCUGUGGUUGAAGAAGUCUCUCAACAGGGUAUUGAGAAAUAUUACCCGUAAUUAAUCAAUAAUGUCUUCAGUUGAGCAUUUGAGAGAGUUACUGAACGAGAGACUAACUGCUGCUGCUGAAGAAAUAUUCAGAGUUUUUCACAAAACUAUCAUCGAGUAUGAAGAAGAGAUCGACCGUCAGCGCAGACUGCUGGAUAUCAUUAGGAAACCUGAAAUAAAGCUACACAGAGCAGAGCUCCCACAGCAACAUGUCUCUAAGGAGGAGAAGGAGGUUCUUGCUGAUGAGCAGCUCUGCAACCAGGAGAGGAACUCCAGUUUGGACCAAGAGGACCCAGAGCCUCCACAGAUUAAAGAGGAAAAGGAGGAGCUCUACACCAGUCUGGAGAUAGAACAGCUGGUGGUGAAACAGGAGACUGAAACCUUUAUGUCAACUGAUAUUUGUGAAGAGAGGGAUGGGCAUGUUGUCAGCUUGUCAGUUAAAAGCUCUGAGGUACCAGAAACAAACAUUGAUGACCAGCUCCUCUCUCAUAACUCUCAUGUAGCUGAGAGCCAAGAUCUCAAAGGAGACAAACAAGGAGACUCAGGAUCUACUAGAAAUACAGAGACAAAACCACAGACUAAAACUAAAAGUCACAGUGACAAUGUACGUAGCCCUACCACAUCUAAGAUUCAGCUGUAUACUGAAACAAGUAAAAAGGUUUUGGAUUGUGCCACUUGUGGAAAAACUUUUAAGUAUCUUUCCCAGUUGAAUGUACACGAGAGACUCCACACAGGUGAGAAGCCAUACCCAUGUGACACUUGUGGGAGAAGAUUUACUCAACAGAAAGUAUUGAAAGUGCAUAUGAGAAUCCACACAGGUGUGAAGCCGUACCCAUGUGACACUUGUGGGAAAAGUUUCUCUCAGGUGGGCUCAUUAAAAGUGCAUAUGAGAAUUCACACAGGUGAGAAGCCGUACACAUGUGCCACCUGUGAGAAAAGAUUCAUACGUCGACAUCAGUUGAACAUCCACAUGAGAACGCAUGAAGUUAAAAAAGACUCUUUUGUAAGCCGAACUGUAUGCUGA